ACAACAUGUGUUUAAAUUAUGACAUGUGUUUAGAUUACAACAUGUGUUUAAAUUAUGACAUGUGUUUAAAUUAUGACAUGUGUUUAAAUUAUGACAUGUGUAAAUUAUGACAUGUGUUUAGAUUACAACAUGUGUUUAAAUUAUGACAUGUGUAAAUUAUGACAUGUGUAAAUUAUGACAUGUGUUUACAUUACAAUAUGUUCUGAAAAUGGACUUUAGUUAUCCAUAUUUGCAAAAAAACGGAAGCAAAAUGUAUAUUAUUGUUAUGCCAUUCAUGUUUUCUAGAGAUGAGGCUAUUCAUUACACACAGCUGCAAGAUUUUAUGCAGAUUUUUUUUUGUGCCUAAUUAUCUAAUUAUCAUAAUUCAGUCAUAAUUUGUUGAUCAAAACCUGGGUUAUUUUCAUUCAGACUUCUAAAAGUAUUUAUGGAAUUUCACUUGAGGGGUGAAGUGUUGUCUAUUGAGACUACUGUAUUGUAGCCUACUUUCUGUCGUCAUCUAAAAUAAAUGUACGUUGUUUCAAAUGCCACAUUUUUUGCGUAUCUAACAUUUAGAUGACUGCCUUUCUAUUAGAUUGGAUCAUAACUGCAGGUUGUGACGGCUCUAUGCAUAUCAGUAAACUAAGCUUCACCUGUAAAAUUAUUCUUAGUGAUAAACACAUUUGCAAUUUAUUCAAAUGUCCAAAGAGUUGAUUCAUAUAGGAUAUUCCAACAUGGUUUAACGAAAUAUUUAACCAAAUUUAAGGUUCUAGACAAAUAUUUUUUUAUAUAUUUUUUUUCUUGUACUUGUUUUUUCUUGUAGUGUACGUGUUUUAUUCCCAACGCGACGGUUAAUGAGGAUAACAUUGAAUACAGAUUUCUCUCUAUACUCUCUAUCAGUGGAGAGGUUGCAUAUUCAGUAUACACUGCGUUUCUUGUUGUAUUGUUUGGGGAGACCAUGCUUUUGCCGCAAUGGUCGUUAACCUCUGAACGACCCCGUUCGGAGCCCACGCCUCAAACACUGUCGCAGGCAGUGCCAGACUGCGACCAGAAGAUGGCGCGCGACGACAAUCCAAGAGACGCAACCCGGGCCCCGCGAGCGCCCUGCCUAGGCGCAUACCCAGGCGCGCCUCCCUAACAUCCCACCAAGAUUUCCUAUUUGUGCACGAGUUUACCUCUGGAGGUCAUCAAGCAGGAUUUACGACUGGUCAACAAAAGCACGUGAUUCUCAGCCGUACCCCAUAUUUGGGUGCCUACGUAAGAGAGAAUCAAGUACAUGUUCUACUCAUUUCCAUAAUUCAUCAUAAAUUGUGCAAGGGUGCUAUAGAACGCGCAAAACCAUCAAGAGCCACAAAUCAAGUACACACGUUAUUACUUUCUCCACAAAAAAAGCAACAAAUACCUGCUAAACAACAAUAUUGGAAUUAUCAACCAAUGAGCUCCUAUUUUGUAAACUCAUUCUGCGGUCGCUAUCCCAAUGGCGCGGAUUUCCAGUUACAUAAUUAUGGAGACCACAGCUCUGCAAACGAGCAAUACAGGGACCCCACGACCAUGCAUUCCAGCAGGUACGGUUAUGGCUACAACGGGAUGGACCUCACUGUCAGUCGCGGUAACGGGCACUUUAUGGCCAGCGUGCGGGCACAGGGCUACUCCCCGAACCAGUCGGUGGCGACAACAACGUCCUCGGUCGAGACGCCCAGGUACACCCAGCCCGCGAGUGCCACCGAGACGACGUCCCUCUCGCCUCCACCUGACCCGCUCCCGUGCUCCUCCUCUGUCGCGAGCUGCUCGUCUCCGGUCAGCGAGUCUCAACCUCAACACCGAGACAUAAAGAACUCCAUAACGAGCCCCUGCACGACCCCGAGUUCGAAUGGAGGCACGCUGUUGAACCGGGUGUGUGUGUCCAAAGCGUCCCCCCUCCAGGAAGAGAAGCCCGCGGGAAGGGCGCAGACAACUUCCCAAAAUGUCACCGACGGUGCCCAGCCCCAUAUUUACCCCUGGAUGAGGAAACUGCACAUAAAUCAUGACAGUCUGACCGGACCAGAGGGGAAGAGGGCGAGGACAGCCUACACGCGUUACCAGACACUGGAGCUCGAGAAAGAGUUUCACUUCAACCGUUAUCUGACCCGCAGACGGAGGAUCGAGAUAGCGCACGCGCUCUGCCUAUCAGAACGCCAGAUCAAAAUCUGGUUCCAGAACCGGAGGAUGAAGUGGAAAAAGGACAACAAACUAAAAAGCAUGAGCAUGGCAGCGGCAGGGGGUAUAGGUUACCACCAUCCCUGAUACUCGGUUCCCCGAUGAGCACUAAUAAAAUAAUACAAAGCUUAGGAAAACUUCCCAUCAUGUCAAAAGCCCAAGAGACUUUCCGAGGGCUUCUUAGGACAGUGAACAUCCACGUGUCCAUGCAAGCUCCAGCCUUUAAAAAUAAUUUCCUCCUUAUUUAUUUUAUUUUGACCAUGAUAAUGCUUGUGUGAGUAAAAACUUGCGUUCUGUAAAUGUUUGUCUUAAAGGAACAACCAAUGGGAAAUACAUGUUUGUUUAACUUAUUUCUUGUUCAAAAUUGAAAAAACUUUAAAGUUACCACAAAUAAGUCUAUUAACUAUCCAA